GUUAAACAUGUAACCUAUUUAUUACGUUUUUUUUAUUCGUGUCGUGAACAAGUAUUUUUAACAAUGAGUGCAAAAAUUAAUGAAGAUUUGAUAAGAGAAAGAAAAAAUUGCACUUUCGAUGUGCAAGAGUUGAUACAUAUUAUUGAUGGUGGUGAAGAAAAUACUAUGCAGAGAAAGCAAGUCGAAAAUUUUGUUUUAAACCAAAAGGAAUUGUGGGAUGAUGUGCCUGAAGAAUAUUUGAGCCACAAGGAAAGAUAUGAAAACGCAAUAAAAAAAGCCUCGUUUAUCUUAAACUGGUUUCGUGAGUUCAAUCGAAAUAACAUUGAAAACUCCGAUCUUAGAGCCCCUUCGAAAAUUUACUCGAUUCAAGAGGGAAUCUUUCGCAAUAUCAACCCGCUCCUCAUACACAUCGGGUUGUUUUGGACUCCCCUCAAGAAUCAAGCCUCUGCCGAGCAACAGGCCGAGUGGUUGAAGCCAGACUCCAAAAUGAUUGGCACUUAUGCCCAGACAGAGCUGGGUCAUGGUUCAUAUCUUAAGGGCAUAGAAACCACAGCCACGUUCGACCCGCAAACCGACGAGUUCAUACUAAACAGUCCUCAAAUAACUUCUUACAAAUGGUGGCCUGGCGGUUUGGGCAAAACUGCGAACUCCUGCUUGGUGAUGGCCCAGCUCUAUAUAAACGGGACGUGUCAUGGUUUACAUUUAUUCCUGGUACAGAUUAGGGAUUAUGAAACUCAUGAACCUUUGCCCGGGAUCACGGUUGGCGAAAUUGGACCCAAAAUGGGCUUUAACACUGCAGACAAUGGAUUCCUUGGUUUUGACAAUUACAGAAUACCCAGGACGAAUUUGCUGAUGAGAAACGUGAAAGUUUUAAGAGAUGGCACAUACGUAAAACCGAAGCACUCCAAGCUCACUUAUGAGUCAAUGGUUUUAACACGAGUGACUCUUAUAACAGACUUGGGGUUCCAGUUGUCCAGAGCAGCCACCAUUGCAGUCCGCUACUCUGCCGUUAGACAUCAGUCACAGAUAAAAUCCAAUGAACCCGAAUGCCAAAUAUUGGACUUUGUGACUCAACAACACAAGCUAUUCAUAUCAAUCGCCUCGAGCCAUGCGCUCCGGGUGAUAGGACUUUGGAUAUGGAAUACUCACAAGAAAGUCACCGCUGACAUCCAGAAGGGAAACAUGGAUGAACUUCCUGAGCUCCACGCUCUUGCCUGCUGUCUGAAAGCCAUCUGCAGUCGUGAUGCCGUUUGUCUGGUAGAGCAGUGCAGGCUGUCUUGCGGCGGAAACGGUUACCUGAUGUCUUCCAACCUACCUCAGAUAUAUGCCAACACCACAGCUGCUAUCAUUUACGAGGGAGAGUAUACGGUGUUAUUACUGCAGACUGCCAGGUAUCUGGUAAAAUCUUGGAAGAGUGCAACGGAACAUAAACCUUUGCCACCCAAUGUCGCUUAUUUAGCCGAUUUUAUUGACAGAAGAUAUGGACAGUGGCAAAAUUCACCGGAAGGAAUCAUUCACGGAUUCAAAGCUGUUGCUGCUGGGAAAACGAAAACAGCCUACGAUACCCUUCAACGAUAUUUAAAAAAUGGCAGAGAACUUGAAGAAGCCUGGAACUUGACUUCUGUGCAGUUGAUCAUUGCUAGCGAGGCUUAUGCUCGUUCACUGUUAUGUGAUGUAUUCUGGAGAGAAACCAAGCAACUGUCUACAAUUGUGUCCAGAAACUUGGCUACAGUGUUGGAACAGCUGGCUGAAUUGUAUUUGGUUUAUUGGGCUUUGGAGAAACAUGGCGAUUUGUUAUUGUAUUCAACAAUAUCAAGAGACGAUAUAGACGCACUUCAGGAGCGCUAUGAGGAACUGCUCGCGUUGAUCAGACCCAAUGCAGUUGGACUUGUGGAUGCUUUUGAUAUUAGAGACGAGGUUUUAUGUUCAACGCUGGGAGCCUAUGACGGCAGAGUGUACGAGAGACUGAUGGAGGAAGCCUCCAAGAGUCCGCUCAAUACUGAAGUGGUCAACGAGAGCUUCCACAAAUAUAUGCGGCCUGUGUUAAUGAAAAAUAAACUGUAAAAACUAUAUAAUAAAUAAUUUAUUUGAAUAAUAUAAUAAACUGGUAAUUAUAUA